ACAAGGCAACCAGUGACAAUAAGAGCAGAAAUAUAAAGAGACCCAGCCGACGGCCUAGCAAAAAAUACAUGAAAUAAAUAAACAAAUAAACGAAAUAAAAGUAAAAAAGAAGUGUUUCUAAAGAAAGCCAAGCCGACGGCUUAAAGAUACAGAUACAAUUAGAGUUACAGUCACAGAUACGGAUACAUCUGAAGCACUGCUGCUGCUGGGACUAAAUCCUUUUUUGUUUUUUUCUGUGUGCGUAUUGUGUUGUGCCGUGCUGUUCUUUUGUGCCUGCCAAUCCAUUGUCCCCCUCUCUGUUUCUCCCCCAAUCAACAACCAGUGCGAGUGUCCUGCAACAGCUGAAACAACAGCAACAACAAGUCCAAACUAUUUGAAAAAAUAUCUCAAAAACGAAUUUAAAAAAAGUAUAUAAAAAUAAACAGAGCAAAGACACCAUCAUUGUGCGCCUCAAGUUGACAGCACCGCAAGCGAUAACUGCAACGGCCGCAGCAGCAGAAGCAGCAACAUCAGCAGCAGCAGCAGCAGCAGCAGCAACAGCAGCAGCAGCAGCAACAACAGUCACAUCCGCAACAACGAUGCUCACGGACAUGACACCGACGGCCGGCCAGCUCUACGGCUCCCAGAUUCCGGCCAUGGGCAUGAAUAUCUCAAACAUCGCCACACAUUUGCAGAAGCCACAAGUUAAUCCGGACCAUCCCAGCUUGAGAGGAACCCCCUUGGCCAUGCUGGCCGCUCAGUGCAACAAACUCUCCAACAAAUCCCCGCCACCCUUGGCCGAUGCCGCCGUGGGCAAGGGCUUCCAUCCUUGGAAGAAGAGUCCCAAUUCACCGGCGGCGGGCAGCAGCGGUGGUUCCUCCGGAGGAGGAGGAGGUGGUGGUGGCGGUGGCGGUAGCAGUGCCGGACAGCAUUCACCCUGCGCCAUCUCGGCGGCCAGCUCAUCGAGCUCCAGCGGCAGCACCAGCGGUGGCGGUGGCAACGGUGGCGGUCAGUCCUCCAGGAGUCUGUCCUCCAGUGCCAGCACCAUGGUGAACAUCACAGCUAGCAUCUAUCCUUACAGUCGACCCCUGGCCUCCUCCUGCGCGGCGGUGGGCGGAGGUUCCUCGGGCAGCUCCUCCUCCGCCUCCGCCGGAUCGCAGUCAUCCGCCUCGGCAGCAGCGGCAGCAGCAGCUUACGGCGGUGACUUGUACUUCCCAAACACCUCGACCUCGACCACGAUGGAUAAUCAUCAUAUGCACCAGGGCCUGCUCGGGAAGGUGGAGGCCGGCGCAGCUGCAUUUGGCGGCGUCUAUUCACGGCAUCCCUAUGAUUGGCCCUUCAAUGCCGUCACCCACAAGGAGGCGGCGGCGGCCAGCGUGAAUUCCGGUUGGUGGGACAUGCACAGUGCCGCCGGCUCUUGGCUGGAUAUGGGCGGUGCCGGCAUGCACUCCACAAUGGCCAACUAUGCCAGCGAGAACUAUAGCUCGGCGCUGAGCCACUCCCUGCUCGGCUCUGGGCAGCAUCUGCUCCAGGACACAUACAAGAGCAUGCUGCCCGGCCAGGGUGUGGGCGUUGGUGUUGGCAUGGGUGUGGGCGUUGGCGGUGGCUUGGGUGGCGGUCUCGGUGGCUUCUCGCUGCCGCAUAGCUCACCAUCCGCUGCAGCGGCAGCGGCGGCCACAGCGGCCGCAGCGGCUGGGGGGUCGCCACAGGGUGGCUCCCCGUCGACGCCGUCGCCAAGGUCACAGCGAAGGUAUGCGGGCAGGGCGACCUGCGAUUGCCCCAAUUGCCAGGAGGCAGAACGUUUGGGCCCAGCGGGCGUACAUUUGCGUAAAAAGAACAUCCAUUCGUGCCACAUAGCCGGAUGCGGCAAGGUGUAUGGCAAGACGUCACAUUUGAAGGCUCACCUGCGGUGGCACACCGGCGAGCGUCCCUUUGUGUGCAACUGGCUGUUCUGCGGCAAGCGCUUCACGCGCUCCGAUGAGCUGCAGCGCCACCUACGGACGCACACCGGCGAGAAGCGCUUCGCUUGCCCCGUGUGCAACAAGCGCUUCAUGCGCAGCGACCACCUGGCCAAGCACGUGAAGACGCACAAUGGCACGGCUAACCACCAGGCCAACGGGCUGAAGAAGGGCUCCUCGGAGUCGUGCAGCGAUUCCGAGGAGGCCGCCAACCAGUCGGGCGAGUCCAACGGGCUGGGCGGCGUGGGCAGUGGCCCUCAGACGGGCGGGGCCGGCGGCGGCGGGGGUGGCGUUGGCUCAACUGGACCGGUAACGGGACCCACCUCAUCCACAUCCUCUGGCCAAUCCGGCACCGGUUCUAGCUCCAGCUCGGGUUCGAGCGGUGCUGCCGGUGGCGGCUUAGCCGGUGGCGGUACUGGUGGUGGGGGUUCCGCUUCCGGAUCCGGUUCCGGCAGCCAUCCCGGCACUCCGACCUCGCUGCACGCGCACAGCGCCAAUGGCACGUCCAGCAGCCUGCUGGGCGGCGGUCUGCACCUGGCCACGCCGCACCAGAUGGUCGCCGCGGGCGGUUCGCCGGUGAUGCUACACCAGCAGCAACAGCAGCAGCAGCAGCAACAGCAGCAGCAACAGCACCUCCAGCAGCAACAUCACCAGCAGCAGCAACAUCAGCAGCAGCAACACCAGCAACAGCAGCAGCAGCAACAUCACCAGCAACAGCAGCAGCAACAUCAUCAGCAAUUUGGCCAGCAGCAGCAUCCCCACGCCCAUCACCUGCACCACCAUUCGCACCAUCCGCACCACCUGGCCGGUGGAUCACCUGGACUUGAUCCCAGUUCCCUGGUGGACAUAAAGCCACCAAUGGUUUGAGGGUCGCUGGGACCCUUCCUAUUCACCAACUGAGCGGGAUUGGGUUCCAAUUAAACGAAAUAUACAACAUUAAAUAUAGCACACACACACACCACAUAGGGAGUUUCUAUAUAUCACACACUACACACACACACCACACACACACAGCUUUGUGUAGAAUUUUGGCGGUUGUACAUAUAAGCCAGCCGAUACAACAAAAAUAUCUGUACAUAUUCGAGGCCCCGCUCUAUGUGUCUAAAUAAUAAUCACAGGAAAACAUAUUGCUUGUAGCUUAAGCCAUCGUAAACCUAGAUCGAAACCAUUUUUUUUAAAUGCAUUUUUUUUU